GUUUGAUUGCAUCCUGUUUGUUUGCUAGCCGUGUAGUGUUGUACCUGUAGAGCAACAGUCGCUUAAACAACGCAAUGGCUGAUCAACUAACAGAGGAGCAGAUUGCCGAAUUCAAAGAGGCUUUCUCACUGUUUGACAAGGAUGGUGAUGGCACUAUUACCACCAAAGAGCUUGGUACAGUCAUGCGGUCACUGGGCCAGAACCCCACGGAGGCUGAGCUUCAGGACAUGAUCAAUGAAGUGGACGCUGAUGGAAAUGGGACGAUAGACUUUCCUGAGUUUCUUACCAUGAUGGCCAGGAAGAUGAAGGACACGGACAGCGAAGAGGAGAUCAGAGAAGCGUUCCGUGUCUUUGAUAAGGACGGUAACGGCUACAUCAGCGCCGCCGAGUUGCGUCACGUCAUGACAAACCUUGGGGAGAAGCUAACCGAUGAGGAAGUGGAUGAGAUGAUCAGAGAAGCUGACAUCGAUGGAGAUGGUCAGGUGAACUAUGAAGAGUUUGUACAGAUGAUGACGGCGAAGUGAAGGCCUUGUACAGAUCCUUUCUCUCUCUUUCUUCUAUAAAUAAUUUGCCUUUUUUUCUGUUUUAAUUUAUCUGUAAUACGUUAAGCCCCCCCUUCCCCCCUCCCUCCCCUCCCUCCAGCUGUCCAAAGGAACUGCAUGUAAACUGCAUAGGAUCCAAGUCCUCAUGUCCUGUUCUUUUGCUGUCAUCGUGUUUUUUGGAGUGGCGGUGCAGUUACACGAUCAGGUGCUUGUUACGGCGAAAGGGGGGGUUUGUGGCGCACAGACCUGCACGGCACGCCUGUCUGCCCCCCCCCGAAGCGUGGCAAGAGUGGAGACCUGCCAGCUGGUUGUCACUUGGCAGUGAUGUUGGCACGGCAACAAUGUAGAGGAGUAACUCUGCAUGGACUACGGACAAAGUAUAAUUAUAUAUAUAUAUGAAAUUUCUCAGAAUUGCACUACUGCAAAAAAAAGAAAAAAAAGAAAGACACGGAUGUAUCUUCUGGAUACUCGUACAUAAACUCUUUUUGUAUCUGCUGUUCUUUAACUGAGAAGUUGUUUGAAUCUUACAAUGCUUUUUAAUGUAUUAUUCACUUCCUUCUUUUUCAUUUCUUUUUUCUUUUUUCCUUUUUUUAAAACAGCUUAAUGGCAUCACCAUGCCUCAAAUAAUCCAUUCCAAGUUGUACAUUUUUUUUUUUUUUUUCUUUUCAUUUUGUUUUCAAAAAAAGAAAAAAAAAUUAUAGUUAACCCAAAUUGAAGAAAAGUUUCUUUUAGUUUGAAAAGCAUUUUUAACCCCUCAAUGCCUUUUUAAAUUCUUUGUUGACCAUACCACAUCCCAAAGCCGAUUUGUGGUUUCAAACAACACAUAUGGAAAACUUAAAUAAAUCAAAAUGUUUACAACUCUA